UACCUUUUAAGUGCUUUCGGUAAUUCCCAAAAGCCAAAAGAGAAAGGAAGUUGGUUAGUAUUUUUCGAUGAAACUUCCAAAACUGAAUCUAUUUAGUUUCAAAUUUGAGGAAAUUUAAUCUUCCUUCCAUCAGAUCAGGUUAUGUCGGAAUUGAUUUGGAGUAUUUGACGCUCCACUGGGUCACACCCCUGAUCCAAUUAGCCUUGUAGGAUCUACUGAUCAUCUAGUUAGUAACAACUGGAGUAUUUAACAAAACCAGUGGUAGGAAGUUUGUGCACAAAAAUAUGAAGUCAACUGCUGGAAGUUAUCCUGUGUCGUUGGCGGUGGUUAUCGGUGAUAAGGGAGCAUCGAAAAAGCAAAUGAGAGAUGCCAAAAAAGAAGAUAAUCAACUCCCAUCGUCUGUACGCGAGGUCCUUUCAAACAACGAUCUUUUGAUGGAAGUGUUACUAAGGUUGCCAUUGAUUUCUAUUCAUUUGUUCAAAUCUGUAUCUAGAGGUUGGUUAUCAAUCAUCACAGACCCUCAUUUUAGUGUACGCCGAAGCCAAAACCUUAACAUUGACCCCCCUACUGGCCUCCUUAUCCGGAAACCUCAAUCGUUCAUUCGGUAUGAGUUUGUGCCAUUGGAUACCAGAAUUCCUGCCAAAAAAUCACCAUUGCCCUUCACCUUCCCCUUUGGCUCCAAUGUUGAGAUCCUGCAGUCCUGCAACGGUCUGUUACUUUGUUGUGACAAGACUAAGGGUAAUACGUUUUACGUGUACAAUCCAUCUUUUAAUCGGUUUAGGAGGCUUCCACAAGUCCAUUCUAAUCGGGUUAACCGGUUUAGUCUAUUUGAUAGUAUGAAACUGGCUUUUGAUCCCGUGAAAUCAUUUCAUUACAAAGCUGUGUAUGCCGAAGACAUACAUACCCGUUUUGGUUCCUCCUACAUUCAAAUACAGACUUACUCUUCAAAAACAGGCGUUUGGAGGGUUUGUGAGGAACAGUUUCCCCUUCAUAGUUUUAUAGGAUUUUAUCGUGGAACAUAUUGGAAUGAUGCUAUUCAUUGGUUAGAUACUGCGAAUGGGGCUUCGCAUUUCAAAUUAGAUAUACAAGAUCUGUUAUUAACAAAGAUACAAACCCCUGUAGCUAUGGAUAAUGAGGUGCAUUAUGAUCACAAGUUGUUUGUGUCUUCUGGUCAUCUGAUUUUUAUUUGUAUGGUCUCUGCUCGUUGUCGGCAGUUAAAUGUUUAUGAUAUGAUGAAUGGGAAUUCUGGGUGGUCAUUAAAGUACGUUGUUAAUCUUGAUGAUGUCAUGAUGCUAUUCCCUACAAGCUGGAUUUUGUCUGGUGAUAAACAGUUUUUUUGUGUUCGGUGUGUCAUGUUGGGAAAUAGAGAAGAAGACCCGCUCAUUGUCAUGGAAGUAUUUGGAAAGGUUAUUGAAUACAAAAUCAUGUUAAACACUGUCCGUAAGAUCGAUGAUUUGGGAUCUACAUCUACUGGCUCGUCUGCAAUGAAACCUAGUAACUUUGACAGCUUUGAGUUCAUUGCAUCUUUUGCUGGUGUGUGAUUAAACUUUAUGUUUGAGGUACUCUGAUUUUUGUGUUACAUGGUCGCUUGGUGAAACCCAUUGCUCAAGAGAUUCUCUAACGAUACUUUAUGUAAUGCCCUAAGCUUACUGAUGAGCAUGAGGAUCAGGUACCCGAACGAGGUGUUGGGAAGGUAUGAUAGUAUGUUAGUUAUGGUAUCUCAUUAAGUGAUAAUUGUGAUAAAAGGCACUUGUAGUUUGUGAAGUGUUGUUGUAAUCGUUUAGACUUAACAACUGUUAAUGAUUGUUUGUGCUUAAUGAUGCAUUUUCAAGCAAAA